AUGAUCGGCUCGUUGUCACGAUGGUUGCCUCGGAUUGUGGACGCGCCUGCGCUCUCCCGGGCCAUGUCGACGACGACGGCCCUUGGAAGAUUCAAGCCGAACCGUGGAACGGGUGAUACCGGCCAGAGCAGCCUCUUCAAUGAUGAGCGAAGAUGGAAGGAUGAUGCGGCUUUUCAAGCUGUUGGAACCACCGACGAGCUUUCAAGCUACCUGGGAGUGUGCAGAGACGCUUCGAUUCGCGCCUGCCUGCCACCUGACGUACCCGAAUUGCUGACGAGGCUACAAUGUUGCCUGCAGGAUGUUUCGGCUCAUCUUGCGACACCUGCAGAUGCGGCGAAUCGAAAAAAGAAGUUGACGUCGUUCGAUUCUGCGAUGGUGGAGUGGCUUGACGGCGAAAUCGAGCGCUAUGGCGAUGCCGUACCUCCACUGCGACAAUUCAUUCUGAGCGGCGGUGGAGAGACAUCCGCUAGCUUGCAGUACGCGCGAACGAUCGCGAGGAGGGCAGAAAGAGCAACGAUUCCGCUGAUCCGGACUGAGGAUAUCGACCCGAAAGCGCUAGUCUUUCUCAACAGACUGUCGGACCUGCUGUUUGUGUUGGGACGGUACGCCUGUAUGAAGACCGGCCAUGAGGAGCUCGUCUACAUGAGGCCGAAGGAAUUUACACAACAACGCUGGCAAAGCCGAAAGCUGAAGGAAAAAGAGGACCCAGAGAAUAAA